AUGAAUAUGAUUGACUUAUACGAUGGAAACCGAUAUCACUUUAUACAGCCGGAGUUUCAUUCAAUUAUCACUCAACACCUCGCUUUAGCUGAAAAGCAGCAAUUGUUAGAUAUCAGGGAUGCUGGUUUGGGUGAGGAUGGCUUUAUGAAGGAAUUUGAAGGUGAUCAUACUAUUAUAUUCAAGCUAUUGAUAAAGGUUUUAAGAUUCUUGAAAGAUAACUCAAAUAGCCCUCUUUUUGAGCAAUUUGAGUAUCUCCCUGAACAAGACCAAUACUUCUAUUCUUUAGUCACAGACCCAUUCUCUUUGUCGGAAUUAGAAUCUAACGUCAACAACGGUAAUUACACCACUACAAAAGAUUUUGAAACAGAUUUGUUUAGAGUUUUCGACGCUUUUAGGCUCGGUAGUCCUGUUGGCAGCGCACGUUACGGUAACGUAAACAUACUACAACGUUUCUACGUUGGCUUAUUUGCUCCUUCAAACCUCACCCUAUCCCAAGAUUUCAAUUUCGCUUCCGUUAAAGCUGGUCCAGGUAACCCAUAUGCCGAGGAAUUAGCUGAAGGCGUUCCUGGUAUGGAAGGUGUUGGUCCUGCUACCUCACGAAUCUUGACCAGACACAGACAAUUCAAGGAUGAUGGACAUUACAGAGGUUUACACUUAAAUAUGGGUGAUUGGGUUCAUAUAAUCAACCCGGACGAUGCAACUAAGCCGAUUCCAGCUCAACUUUUCAAAGUCUUCACUCCUGAUUACUCUACUCAUCCCCAUAUUACAGUUUGUAGAUAUUAUCGACCUGAACAAACUGUGCAUGCCCCAUACAGGAGGUUUUAUGAAAAUGAGGUUUUCAAAUCUGGCAAUUAUGUUGAUCUCCCUAUCGAAGAUUUAUUAGAAAAAACAUUUGUCAUGUUCGCUACCAAGUACUCAAGAGGAAGACCAAAAGAACAUCUUUGGGACAAGCGCAGACCUCUUUACAUAGUUGAACAUAGAUACUCACCAAAGUCAAAAACCGAAGAUGCUGGUGGUUUCUCAAAGAUUAAAUCUUGGAAUGCCUGUAUACCUGAAGAAGUUAGAAAGACGGAAUAUGAAAUGCACUACUUCGAUGAGUCACAAAGACCGCCGUUGUUACCUUCACCCUUUUUACGUGGUAUUGAAGGACCAGGUAGAUUAGAUGAGAAUGCACCACCACCAGAGGAAAUUGGACAACAUGCUGUUGCUAAUGCAUCGGCUAUCGCUCAACAAAUUGGCUCACUUGUCCCUGGUACACCAUCUGCUUUAGCUCAGGCAAGUCAGACAGGUGCAACUACUUAUAAAAAGAGAAACCAUAAGGAAGCGAUAAAUCAGCAAGCACAACUUGUACACACUGGUCAGCAGAAUGACAAAAAAUCACAAUAUAAAUCACACAAAAUUCAAUAUGAAAAACCUGCUGUAAAGCGUGACAAAAAGGAGAAGAAAUUGAAGAAUCUUGAUAGAUCAAUCACUGCUAAUUGCAAGAAAAGGGAUAUAGGUCAAGAUGGUGAAGUCGAGUUUAUACCUGAAGAGACUGCUUCAUAUUUCGAGACGGAUGGUGAUAGUAACAAACUCAAAUGGUUUUCUGGUCCACCAUUGAAUAUGCCAAAGAGGGGACAGACGACGUACUCCCCAAAGUAUCUUCUUCAUCGGCUUAGCAACGAAAAGCCACGUAAAAAAAAGCAAAAGAUCUUAGAGCAAGAUGUAGAUGAAUUAAAGAUCGCUUUUGACGAGUUCUUCGAUAAGAAUUUGGAACAAUCAAGAAAGCUUUCCCCUGGACCUAGAUUAAGUGCCAGUGAGGCUUUAAUUAACUUUUCUGAUAGUUUAUCUGAAGUACAAAAUUAAUUUUAAUGUAAUAUUAUGCUCUUUGUCCUGUACCAAA